GGCAGCAGCUGCGAGGCUUGUACGCCUGUUGCUGGUGAGCCGGAAAACACCGCGGCAGGGCGCGCUGGCCGGAGCCAGAGGGUGCUCGGGCCGCCGCGGCCAGCCAGGGACAGGAUUCGGGGGAGAAGAACCGGGAGCCCCGCGCCUCUUGUGUCUCAGUGCGGCUCGGCACUCUUCCGGUCCCCCUCACGCGCGGCCCUCACCUUCAAUCACCUCCCGGGUGUCGCUGCAGAUCGCCUUUCCGGUUUGGUGGGCAGCCAGUUUGGGCCAGCUGGCCAGUUGCUGGGGGGCAGAGUGACAGCGGAGCCGACCACCUGUGCGCACCGCCCUGGGAAGAGGCGCUGCCAGCCCACACUGGUCCCGGCCGCUGCGGUCGCUGGGGAAGCCGAGCUGUCCCGCGUCCCGGGACCGUCCCUGCCAUGAAGCCCAACUUCUCCCUGCGACUGAGGGUCUUUAACCUCAACUGCUGGGGCAUUCCCUACCUGAGCAAGCACCGAGCAGAUCGCAUGAAGCGCCUAGGAGACUUUCUGAACACGGAGAGCUUCGACCUAGCUCUACUGGAGGAGGUGUGGAGUGAGCAGGACUUCCAGGACCUGCGACAGAAGCUGUCUCCCACCUACCCAGCUGCACACUACUUUAGGAGUGGCAUCAUUGGCAGUGGCCUCUGUGUCUUCUCCAAACACCCAAUCCAGGAAUUUACCCAGCAUGUCUACAGUCUCAAUGGCUACCCCUACAUGAUCCAUCAUGGUGACUGGUUCAGUGGGAAGGCUGUGGGACUGCUGGUACUCCAUCUAAGCGGACUGGUGCUCAAUGCCUAUGUGACCCAUCUUCACGCAGAGUACAAUCGACAGAAGGACAUCUACCUAGCACAUCGUGUGGCCCAAGCUUGGGAACUGGCCCAUUUCAUCCACCAUACAUCCAAGAAGGCUGAUGUCGUUCUAUUGUGUGGGGACCUCAACUUGCACCCGAAGGACCUGGGCUACCGCCUGCUGAAGGAGUGGACAGGGCUGCAUGAUGCCUACCUGGAGACCCAGGACUUCAAGGGCUCUGAAGAAGGCUGUACAAUGGUACCUCAGAACUGCUAUGUCAACCAGCAGGAGCUGGAGCCAUUUCCCUGUGGCGUCCGCAUCGACUAUGUGCUUUAUAAGGCUGUUUCUGGAUUCUACAUCUCCUGUAAGACUCUCAAAACUACUACAGGCCAUGACCCUCACAGUGGUUCCCCACUCUCCGAUCAUGAGGCCCUGAUGGCUACUCUGUGUGUGAAACACAGCCCACCCCAGCAAAAUCCCAGCUCUACCAAUGGACCAGCAGAGAGGUCAUCAUUGAUCAGUGUGCUAAGGGAGGCCUGGACAGAGCUGGAUCUGGCUGUGGCUCAAGCUCGUUGGUGGGCCACCUUCGCUGGCUACGUGAUUGGGCUAGGGCUGCUUCUCCUCGCAUUGCUCUGUGCCCUGGUUGCUGGAGGAGAGGUCAGGGAAGUUGCCAUACUGCUUUGGACUCCCAGUGUAGGACUGAUGCUGGGGGCAGGUGCAGUCUAUCUCUUCCACAUACAGGAGGUCAAGGGCUUAUGUAGGGCUCGGGCUGAGCUCCACCAUGUGCUGGGAAGGGCAAGGGGAGCCCAGGACUUGGGCCCAGAGUCUCAGCCAGCCUUGUUGUUGGGGCAUCAGGAGGGGAACAGGGCUGAGGACCAAUAAAUCUUGAGACUUUG